AGAGUGUCUGCGUUGCUUUCGGUGGGAACGGAAGAUCGUUUGUUAUCGCCUGUACCUACUUUUUGCUGCGUGUUCUGUUUCUCGAAGGAAACAAAACGAUCAAGUUUCGCUCGAUCGUCGUCGCGUUUCGGUUUUCUUUUUGGUACGGAUGUGCAGAUGUUUUGAUUAGAAUUGUAGUUUACGAUGCAGCAGACUCUGGAGGAGUCCAUUUUGGAACUUCUGGUCAGAUAAUGGGGGAAAGAAUGGUAAAAUUGAAAGCCGUGCUGAAGGGGGUUACCAUGGUGAUAUAACAUCAGCCAGCAGUGUAGUAGGCUGUGGAGGACGCGGUGAUCGAAUUCCAUUCCAGUCCGUUUACGGAGGUCGUUUUCGGUUGUUUGGGAUCAGGUCAAACCAGACCCAUGUGUUGACUUAGCGAGUUUUUUUUUGGAUAAGUUCGGACGAUCGAUUUGCACGAUAUCCGUAAAAGAUCGACAAUAUCGGGGUGAUCGGGGUCUCGCUAGCUGUGUGUUUGUGUAACGCGAUUGUGCCUGCUUAGAAGAGGAAGGCUUUGCCAAGUGCCGUUGUUUGUGGCCAGAGGGCACGUGCCAGAAAGAGACGGGCGACGACCAUUGGAACAGAUUACAACCACCAUCAGCGUCAAUCAUAACAGCCGUUAGUAGGAGCAGGAGUAUGUAAAAGAGUUUUGUUAAACGAUCGCGUGCGUUUGUUGUGUUGUUUUUGGGAGUUGGUUAGCGAAGCAAGUUACUGGUGAAGUUUCUGGGAAACGAUCGUCGCGGGUCGCUUUAUGGAAAUUUCUCCGAGCUCGGUCGUGAUCGUUAAUUAAUAGAUAAAUACAAACUAGAGGCUGCUCGCUUAGCGCCUCUGAUAGACAGCGGGAUAUUGCUUUAAGCCAUCACAGGGAUUGGCUUGAUCCGAUUAGAUUGCAGUUGUCGGGGGAGAAAGUCGUUGUCGAAAUAUUUAGCUCACUGCAGGAGAUCGGGAUCGAUUUAUACUUAGUGGUGCAAGUUCAAGUGAGCAGCUGCUGCAAUUUAUGUCUCGUUUGACCCCAUGAUCUAGGUCGAAGACCUCUUCAAGCGUUCUAUUUAAGUGUUAAUCUCUAACCAUUUUGGCAGAUUCGAGGCAGUAAAACUUUUGCCAACCAAAAAACAAAAAUGUGUCUUAAAUAAACCAGUGUAACUUGCGUGCGUCUAACUUCAGACAAUGAUCAAGGAAUAAAACCAGACGAGGAAACGGAGAGAAGAGAACGAAACACCAAAGAAGGAUCAAAGAAAGCCAGCCAGCAGCCAACCAACUGAUGCUCAGGUUGCAGCUUGCUGAAGAAGCGUGUUUUUUCGUUGUUGUUUUUGUUGCUCAGCAUUCCCUAGCCCAGCCCGAACCGCUCGGAUUGCUGGUCUGCGCCUUAUGUUGAUGAGAUUAACCACACACCGUCGUUCGUCGGGGCUCAUCUGCCAGCAGAAGUAGUAGGUAGGCUGUGUGUGGUUCCUUCCAUUCCACGGUAUACGAGACGACGACGAACGAGGAUCAAACAACACAGAAAACAGCAAAAACACCUUACAGCACCCUACUUUGGUUCUACGUUUCUGCCGGUGGAGGAAUAAAUUGUGUAUUCAUCUGGUCUUUCUGCGAAGCAUCAUUAUAGGACACAAUAACGAUCAAAGCAAAACUAAAGAGGUUCUGUUUAUGAUGGAUUAGGUUCUGGCUAGCUUGGGUCUCUCGAAGAUAAUCGGCUUGUGCGAGGAUCCCGAAAAAGAACCUAGUGAGGAGGCAACAUUACCGAUAGAUUUCACCAAUGAUUUCAUCUUGAUCCGGAGCCCUUCCGGAAGUCCACAAACGCACGGAUUCGACGUUCUCCGAUGAAGAAGCUAAAGCAACAGCAAAAACAAAAGAAACGCAAUCAACAACAACAAACACAAGAACUCUCCCGCUAUCAUCAAAAUGCUAUCGCAAACGCUAUCGCGGUCUCAUAUCCCAGUGCUGGUUACCACCUAAUGGGUGGGGGUGGUGGCUGCUCCUGUCCACAUUCUGCCAUCCCGUCCACGUCAGCCCACCAUCACCACCACCACCAGCAACAGCAAAUUUAUCAAAACUCCGUCCACAAAAAUGACUACCGCAGCAAAAAUCAUCCUGCGGCUGGCUCCGGUUCCGGUUCCGGCUCCGGCUCAACCGUCAUUGCUAAGCCUACAAACAUUGUGGCCACCAUGGAACUGUUCCAGCCAUGUGGAAGCAUUCCGUCUUAUGGUUCCCAUCACCAUCAUCAGGAUUACUCGUAUGCUUAUUACGAACCGGGGGUGGCUUUAAGACAUUCCAACGUUCCUGCGACCUAUCUUUUCGAUGCCGCCAAUCUACCUGAUAGUUCGGUUAAGCCUGGAAGAUCACCAACAGCGGGCGCUGGUCCGUCAACUGUUGUUGCUUCACCACAAGCUAUGGCCUCCAUUUAUGGGUCGUCACCGUCAUCGUCCUAUUGCGGCAGUGGGGCCAGCUCGAUGCGAACCCUCAUGGCACUGGGUGGAAGCGGCUCUCAUCGGAAUAACCGGUUGUACGGCGGCACUCGCCGUAUGUCCGGAAGUGGUCCCCGCUUUCCGGGCUCCCCGUGUGAAAACAUCUAUGAGGAAAUCAUUCACGAGGAAUGUGAAAUCGGUGGCACUCCGUUGGCGACUGCCAGCACUAGUUCCGGACCGUCGCUAAGCGGGCGUCUUUCGUUGAUGUCCCUGAAUCAAAGUGUGAUCGUGGAGGAAGAGUUCCGUCAGGUACAGCACUGCCACCGGAAGGUGCUGGGAGAGUUGAAUCUUUCGAUGGAAGCCAUGUUGAUGGGAGCUGGGGAAUCUCCGGAUGAAAGUUACAAAUCUCGAAGUAGUGGCGGCUACCGGCGAAAGUCUUACGGAACUACCAUGACCACGGAUCUGGAUAGUGGUUUUUCCGGCAGCAGUGCCGGCACCAGUUACGUGGGCAACCUCAGGGCCCGCAAAACGGAAGCCAAAAUGUUAUCACUUCAGCAGCAGAGUCAUCACCAGUCGAUGAUGCUGUUCGAAGGAAUCGGCCAGCAGGAGGAUACCCUCAGUUUGUCCAGUGUUGCCAGCGGAAAUGGAGUAUCUUCUCUUAAAACCAGUAUUUGUCGGGGUAAAAAUUUAUCAAAGCUGCUAAGUGGCAGUACCCGAUCGCUGCGAAAAAUGUUGGAAUCUUCUACGAGCCCUGGAAAAACGCCACCAGCUGUUAGUGGAACUCACUCAACGCCAAGUUCGCCGACGUUCGUCAAAUCCAACAAGGUCGGCUUCUGGUCCAAAAAGAGCUGGACGAAGAAGCUGUCCCCCGCAAGCAGCGCACUUCAGCCAACCUUCAACGAUGAAACAAAGCCCUACCAAACGGCCGAUACCUCGUGGGAUAACUCGAUCCCUUACGAUUCUCCUCCGCCCCAACAAGCACCACAGCCAUCAUCAGCAUCCAUCAUUGGUAGUAAUAGUAGUAACAACAGCAAAACCAGUGCCGCAAUUGACGCAGGACGGCGAUCGCUCCUAGAAUCCGCUGUUUCUCAACAACAGUCACAGAACAAUCACCACAAUAAUAACAAUCAUCAUCAUCACCUUCACCAUCGGCAGUUGAGUAUCAGUUCCGAGGCAGACUUCCGGAACUCUCAGUUGAUUCCUUACUCGGAUAAUCGUACCGUGGGGGGAUCAACGAAACUCGACUACAAACCGUCAACGAGGACGGUCAGUUCCGAGGACAGCUGCUACUCGGAGGAACGCUACAUAACCUCCGACGAGGACGACGAAGACGACGACGACGAGGACGAGCUCGAUCUGGACGAGAACGACAUCCGUGAAGAGUACCUAAGGAAGAAGAAACCGACGUCACAGAAGCAGCAGCAGCAACAGCAAAAGCAACAACCAAAGGAAGUGGCCCUAUCGCCAACGGAACUGCCCCCACCGGACCAGAGACGGCGCAGCAACAGCAGCAGCAUCACUCAAUUGCAAAACACCCUCAAUAGAGCCAAGUAUCAUCUGUCGUUUGAUAAAUGGAAGAGCCACAAUCAGCAUCAGCAUCCAGCACAGCUUCAGCACCAGUGCAGCAGCAACAGCGUCGGCAGUCGGAGAUCUCUUCCGGUGGUCACCGGUGGUCUUGGUGGCGACGCUGGAGCCGGUAAUGUUCAACUGAUCGCGGAUCUGGUCAACAACAAUCGGAACUCUUUACACGCAACCAACAUGGCAAGCACAACGUCACCAGCUCCGACAGUCGUUAAUAGUAGUCCCAAUAACGCUGCAUCAGCCAUGACGAAUAUUGGAUCCCCACCAACUUCAUCGCCACCAUCGGUGACAUCUUCCUCGACGUCUUCCUCAUCCGAGCCCUUCUCACGACUGUCGCGCUGGUUCUCGAUACGUCGCGGUUCGAUGAACCAGUACGAUGUCAAGGGUCACAGUAGCAACGCUGGAUCCCCUCUAAAUUCUUCUUCCGCUGGCGGAAAGGAAAACAGGCGGAACAGCGUCGAUCAUGUGGACUCCUCGUCGCUCUAUGGAGGUUCGGUUCGUGGGUUCGAUGGUGGCAAACUGGGCAACAUGGGCAAAGUACUCGAGGCGGAUGAAGAUCCGCUGCAGUUGGCGCUGGAUAGUUUCGCUAUGACGCGUGGUUCCGGGGAACCGAAGGCAGCGGAAAGGAGACACAUUCCGGUAGCGCUGCCGCCGGCACCUUCCGGAUUGAGUCAACAGCAGCUGAAACGGCGAAUGAUCGUCACUGCCAUUGUUCACAGCGAAAAUUCCUACGUAGCGUCCCUGCAGCGGCUAGUUAAUGAGUACAAACGCCCACUGGAGGAAAGUAGCCCCCCCAUUUUGAACCCCUCUAAAACUGCCAUACUGUUCCAUCGGCUACCGGAAAUCCUUCAGCUACAUACGCUCUUCCGAAUAUCGCUCGCGGAUUACAUCCAAAACUGGGACACAGAGGAGAAGAUCGGCGAUGUGUUCGUCGCCACCUUCAGCAAAUCGCUGGUCCUCGACGUGUACAGCGGCUUCAUCAAUAAUUUCUCCAUGGCUAUGGACCUGGCACGGAUGGAAGCAAAGCGAAAAUCGGCGCUGUCCGAUUUCUUCAAGGUCAAACAGAUUAGCGCACACGAUCGGUUGUCGUUCUUCGGGUUGAUGGUCAAACCGGUCCAACGGUUUCCCCAGUUCAUUCUAUUUCUGCAGGACCUGCUCAAGUACACGCCUCAGGGCCAUCACGAUCGAAUGUCACUGCAGCUGGCACUGACCCAGUUGGAAUCCUUGGCUGAGAUGUUGAACGAACGUAAGCGUGAGGCUGAACAGUUCCAGGCAUUCAAAGAGAUGCUGGAGAAUAUUAGCGGCACCUUCAACAUCCGAUCACUGGUGGGAGGUUCCGGAGCCGACAGUGCCAUCAACAGCAGUAACACCCGGUAUUUGCUGCGGGAGGACAACGUUACUCAGCUCGAGUUCAAUCAGUCCGGUUUCAUCGUCAAGAGCAAGAAACGUCGAUUGCUGCUACUAAACGACAAGGUCCUUUGCGUUUCGGUCGCUCCCAAACAGUCACACGAGUUUGGCUCCUCGGAGAAGCUCACCUUCAAAUGGAUGCACCCGGUUCAGGAUGUUGAAAUCGUCGAUAACAACCAGUCCAUCACGUUGUCUAGAAUUUUGACGGCAGGAAUGAAGCGCGGUAACAGUCUAAAAUCCAACUCCAGCUUCGAUUCGCCCCACAUUGGGCCGGGUAGUGUCGGUAACAUAAGCGGUGGUCUACCGGGCAGCGGGGGAACUAUGAACAGUUCCUUCGGCGGAACCCUUCCGGGAGUUGGUUCGGCGGCCGGCAGUGAUGCCGACAACCUGUGCAGCGAGAUGAACGACCUGAUGCACGACUACGAGGUCAUGUCCCGCAUCAACGAUCUUGUGGGCUCGCUCAAAGGCUGCUACCGGGAGAUCAACCUCGGCGUCACGAAAUCCAUCCUGGCAGAAAUUCAAGCGUCAAUACAGAAAAAGGACGAGGAAAUUUCCUGGGUGGAUUCGUGUUGUCUGCAGCUGGUGCUCAAAAACGCCGCCAAGGGUGGCAAGGAGGACAUCACCUACACAUUCCAGAUCGAAAACCCCCUGGUCAAGAAGGACUGGAUCACGGAGCUGCGGCUGGCGCAGCUGGCCCUUGAUCCAAACAAUUCCCCAGCCUGGCAGAUCGGCGCCGAGCAUGAGCAACGCUACUCCCUGGCCAAGAUGCCGCUGUUCGUGAAGGCCUACCCGGCCUACAAGUCGCAGCAUCAAACCGAGGUCUGCUGCGGAUGUUACUUCUCAUCGAAUUUGUCGGCAUCGGGCGCGUAUCGGCUGAAACCAGUUUCCCGAAAACGCUCCAAACACUCCAAUACGCUGUGGAUCUGUUCCAGCGACAAGAUUAACAGCCACGUGACGAUCCUGGCCCAUAAUAGCGUCCAACAUCAGAGCAAUGGGGGUUUCGGGGAGCUGGCGCGGUUCAGCUUACAGGAAACGAUCGUCACCUGUAUGGAGUACGUAAAGGAGGGUGGACUGAUAACUGGAGAUGAUAUCGGGGCCGACUCGAUCUGGAUGGGAACCAAUAGGAAUUGGAUUGUGAUCUAUUCGGCGAGCUACCCGAUCAACGACGAGCAGCUGGUGAAUCUCGCACUGCCGGGCAUACCUAGUCAGAUACUGUACUUCAACGAACGGGUCUACGUGGCAAUGACCAAUGGGAGCAUUUUGGUAUUCAGUAGGACCGAGGUCGGCAUUUGGAGUUUGAAUAGCCCGAAGAUAUUGAGUGUUCAGAGCGAGCCGAUCACCAGUAUGUUGGCAAUCAAUAGUAGCGUGUACUUUGCGGCCGGAAAGAAUGUCUACGUAAUCAAUGGACGGACUAGUGAGAUUGAGAAGAACUUCCACAUCAAACACACGAACUCGGCCAAUGUAAGUGCUUCGGUGAAUCUGUUGGCGCACUCCGGAAUUGGGCUUUGGAUAUCGUUGAAGAACUCUAGCAUAAUUUGUUUGUACCACACGGAGACGUUUAAGCACCUGCAGGAUAUCAACAUUGCGUCGAAUGUGCUGCGGGUUACCUCGUCGCAUCAGAAUCCGACGCGAGAAUCGACUAGUUCGUCGAUCCAGGUGACGGCCUUGAUGGCCGCCAAGGGUAUGCUGUGGGUUGGAACGAAUGUUGGAAUUACGCUGACGAUUCCGCUGCCUCGGUUGGAGGGAGUGCCGAUCAUAAGCGGAGGAGUGAACAUUUCUUACCAUGCGCAUUUGGGUCCGGUAACUUUCUUGCUUCCGCUGGUGACGCGAUCGUACCACUCGUUGCCGGCGAUCAGUUCAAACCAGCAACAGGGAUCAUCUAAAAAUGUUGCUGAUGUACCGGAUGGUAAAACGGAGUUCAAGGAAGCCGCGUUGAAGUCGACUGCGGACAAGCAAGAGGAAUCGACGAGUCAACCAAAGGAAGCGACGGUAGUUUUGAAGGAGCAGAUUUGCUCGAGUCCGGUGAUUUUGCGACGUAAAAAGCCACCGCCAAUGGAGUCCGGACGAAUGGCCAAAACACUGCCCAGGAAUUUGCGAACGAGUAGUGGCGCCUUUUCGCCUUCAAUACACUCGACGCUGUCAUCUUCCUCGCAGUACUCGGAUCAAGGUUGUGACGUGUACGGACUGUACAGUGAUCUGAUUUUUGUCAAGGAGGAUCUUGAGAAUCAGGAAGAUCGCAACAUACUCGAUCCUAGCUACGACUAUCUGCGUCGAAGUGAUCCAGAUAUUGCAGCUAUUCCGGCCAAGGUUUCAACGCUGGAUCGAAGGUUGCGAUUGAAGGCCAGCCGACCGCGAUCGCUGGAUCUGUCCAACUGGUCGAUGGAGUCGCGAUCUUCGAGUGUGUACACAUCAUCUGGAAGUGAUGAGAAUGUAGGCGGUCGAAGUGGGAGCGGUAGCAAGAACGUUUCGCGCAACAGUUCCAGCGCUAGUCAUAAGAUGAACCAGUCCGAUUUGGACAACAUCAACGAGAACGAAGUUGCGGAAUCGGCCAAAGCGCUGGAGGUUCCUGUCGAAGCCGCCGAAAAGUUCCACACCGGCAAACGGAAAAAGACUCAAUCGAUCAGUGCGGCAGCUAAUGCGGGUGGCAACUGCAACGCAAACAACGGAGAUGGAUCGGGAGGGAACGGAAGCGCUCGAAGGACCAUUUUGACGCUGACCGGGGGUAGAGGUUAUGUUAACUGGAGGCACAUCUGGGAGCGGACUGGACCAGCUGAUGGUAGUGGGAGCGGAGGAAAAUCGGCCACCAGCUCGCCCCAGAACCAGCAUCAGAGAACCGGAUCGGUCACCUCGUUGGCCGGACUAGGACAGACCAACUCAACCGAUGCCCACAUUAUUGUGUGGGAGAAAAAGCUGUAAUGCGAUCAUAGAGACUAAUUCAUCCCGGAUAGCCCAGUGUAGAGGUAGGCAGAACUCCGACGGAUCAAAAACCAAACCCAGUGAACUGGCGUAGCGAAAACUUUAUAGGCAAAGUUUAGAUGUGAAAAAUGUGAUAAAAAUACUUUUCUUAUUCUCGUGUACAACAAAACUCAUACACAAACAAAUUCGAAUGCAUUCUCAUAUCGCAUAUGUAGGGAAAAAAGUGCAGGAAUCGUAAGGUAGUUUAGAAGAAGUUGCUAGCUUUCUGUAAGAAAAUAAGAAAAAGCAAAUCAAAACCCAGAUGUAUAUUUAUCUAAUUUUAUUGCUCUAAAAUUGGCAACAAAGUACAGAGAUCGAGAGACAGACUAAGGAGAUUUGUUUUUAAGUUGUAGAAUCCCGAAACAAAAGUUUAUGGCGCUCAUCACAUUGAAAAAUUAUUGAUCAUUCAUACUGGAGAGAAGUUCAUUUCAUGAUGGAUUUCGAUCAAUCAAAUCGUGUUUUUCUUUUCUAUUUUUUACCUUCAUCAUGUAUUAGAGAUCAACUCACAAUGAAACAAAUUACCACAGUGGUUUUCUGUGUGUGCGUUUGCAAAUAGAAGAAAAAACUUUAUACAAAUCGAGCAAAAAAACUCUAAGAGCGCAAAUAUUGCAAAGAUUACCUAUUUAUUGUUACGUUGUAAGCAGGAAACAUUUCCCCCAAUUUUUCCCAAAUCCGCGAUUUCCCGAUCGAUCAACAAUUUGUAAAAAAAAUCGGGCGUACUCGCGGAUCCGUUGUUACUCAUCAAAUUAACCAAAAAAAAACACACAAAACAAACUCGAAAGAUCACAUCUCAUUAACCGAAAGUUUAUUGUAGCACCCACUUCAUUUCCCUUAAAUUACAAAGAAAAAAGUUCUUCCCUCCUGUAAAGAUGAUGCUAAACUAAACGGUAGUAAUCGUACGUAAUAAUAAUAGUAAUUACUAAUUUCUAGCAUCUAGCUAAGCUUAGGAGUACCUUCAUUGAGUGAAACAGAAUCCCGAGUCCCGAGUGAUUUUCCCCCACACACAAAACACGUGUACAAAGUAGGUACAUUACCUUGAAGAAAGUUAGCUAGCCGUAUCAGAUUAGGUUAUGUUCGAUUCGAUUCCGAAUACAGACAUAGGUCGAUAACUCUUAAGAGAUUUGCUGAAAGGUUUUUUUUUCUUGCGUUAAGUUAUCAGGUACAAAAAGUUGAAAAAGAAAAUAGAAAAACAGACAUAAAAAAACAUUGUGGAUAAGUUAAUUUUUUGUACAGUGAACUGUGGGCACAAAUCACGAAGAGAGAGUUCCGAUUCACUCAUUUUAAGCGGAUUUGUGCCAACGUAAGAACUUAACUGCACAAUUAACACACGACGUAUUAC